AUGGGACGAUUUGGUCGUGAAGUAAUAUCAGUACACGUUGGACAAGCAGGUGUACAAAUUGGAAAUGCUUGUUGGGAAUUAUAUUGCUUAGAACAUGGUAUCCAACCAAAUGGUAUGAUGGCAGGUGAUCAAGCAAUUGAUCACGAGGAUAUUUCAUAUAAUACUUUUUUUGCUGAAACUAUUUAUGGUAAACAUGUUCCACGAACAAUUUUUAUUGACUUAGAACCAACUGUUGUAGAUGAAAUACGAACCGGAACUUACCGAUCGUUAUUUCAUCCGGAACAACUUAUAUCCGGAAAGGAAGAUGCAGCAAAUAAUUACGCCCGCGGUCAUUAUACUAUUGGAAAAGAAAUUAUUGAUGUUUGCAUUGAUCGUAUAAGACGUAUGAGCGAUAUGUGCAAUGGUUUACAAGGAUUUUUAAUUUUUCAUUCAUUUGGUGGUGGUACUGGAAGUGGUUUUACAGCAUUACUUAUGGAACGUUUAUCAGUUGAUUAUGGCAAAAAAUCAAAACUUGAAUUUAGCAUUUAUCCUGCUCCAAGGAUUAGCACAGCAGUUGUUGAGCCAUAUAAUUCCGUUUUAACAACUCAUACAACCUUAGAACAUUCCGAUUGCUCAUUUAUGGUUGAUAAUGAAGCAAUUUAUGAAAUUUGCCGAAAAAAUCUUUCUAUAACAAGUGAGCGUGCAUUUCAUGAGCAGUUAACAGUACCUGAAAUAACACGGCAAUGUUUUGAACCUGGUAAUCAAAUGGUUAAAUGUGAUCCAAGACAAGGAAAAUUUAUGGCAUGCUGUUUACUUUUUAGAGGUGAUGUGGUACCUAAAGAUGUUAACGUGGCUAUAGCAGCAAUAAAAACAAAACGUUCAAUUCAAUUUGUUGAUUGGUGUCCAACAGGUUUCAAAGUUGGUAUUAACUAUCAACCACCUACAGUUAUACCUGGCGGUGAUUUAGCAAAACUUCAACGAGCUGUUUGUAUGUUAGCUAAUACAACAUCAAUUGCUGAAGCCUGGGCUAGGCUUGAUUAUAAAUUUGAUUUGAUGUAUGCAAAACGAGCAUUUGUUCAUUGGUAUGUUGGCGAAGGAAUGGAGGAAGGUGAAUUUGCAGAAGCACGCGAGGAUUUAGCAGCAUUGGAAAAAGAUUAUGAAGAAGUAGCUCUGGAUAGUUUUGAUGAUUACUAA